CGCUCAAGGCGCUCUGUUUGGCCUGUCACGUGAAAUGGGCGGGGCCCCGGAAAAGGCAAACGCGUCAAGGCGCGUCGGGAGGCAGCAGGCGCGCCUCGCCAACUCCGCCUCCUGCGUAUCAGGCCAGCUUGCUGUCACCCACACCCAACAUCCUGGCCUGAAUCCGCUUCCCUCUGCCUCCUUCUGUUUGUCUGUACUUUACUCGCACUCGUCACGAAGCCUUCUGUACUACCACCACCGGCUGGGUCGCAGACAGCAGCGCGGCCCACAGCCUCUCCUAGUCCAUGUUGCGCUCGCUACUCUCGCCGCUGAGCAAUCGUUUCCCGCUGACCCCGCGCCCCGAUGUUAGCACAUUUCCCGUGGUGGACGAGCCGUCGCCAGAGGACUUCGCGCGGGAUGUGCUCGUGGAGGUCAUGCGCAACGCCGUCGAACGGCUCAAGGUCGCAGAGGGCCUGAGCGACCGCACACAAGUGCUCGUCGAGGUGCAUGGCAUCAUGGUGCAGGACGCGUGCACGAAGGACGUGUUCCGCGAGAUGGACGGCUUCCUCGUCCUCAUGAGCGUGCUCUCGACGAUGCAGCCGGGACACUCCUGGGCGCUCGCUGAGCCUGGAGACGAGAUUGUGCAUGAGGUGCUGGAUGCGGUCCGGCUUGUGUUCGUCAUCGUCUCAGAAGCCAUGGACAACCACAAAGCGAACACUUCGUUCUUUGAGGUGUGUAUAUAUUCAGC